AUGUUCAGCAAGUUCACUAAAAACAUUUCAAACUACGAUUUAAGACCUCGUGACGAAUUCUUGAUAUCAAAUGUCCGUCGACAAAUCACCUUUGAAAGAAGGCAACCUAUAGCUGCAUCGAAAACCCUCAAUUCAUUUACAUUACCGACCGGGAACUAUGAGUUCCCCUUCAAGAUAUGUAUAGGUAGCUCUGCUACCGAGACUAUCACAGGGAUCAAUCAUGAGUAUCAUUCCUACAAGGUGCAGGGCGUCAUAGAGCGCCGCUUCGGCAAAGACUUUGUCGUCUCACAGCCCAUUAGAGUCUACAAAUACUUGGGGCUUGAGACUAAUCAUCCAUGGCCAAGCUUUCCUGAGUCUAUCGAAAACCAGCGGGAUGAGAAUAUCCACUACAACAUUUCAAUCCCCGAUCGGAAUAUCCCCUUCGGCUCCAGUUUCCCGGUGGAAUUUUGGCUUACGCCAUUGUCAAAAGACAUACAGCUAGCAGCGAUUGAAAUCCAAGUUCUUGAGAGACACAGCCUCAGAAUUGAGGCAACCGCUGCAGAGUCAGUACGAAGUAAUGUUCAUUUUUUGACCUCGAGAAGAACCUACGUUGUCUUUAGUGAGAGGCAUGAUCUCACGGUCGAGAACUAUGAGACGCCAAACCCGGAAUUUUCGGACGUUGAGUGGCGCAUUACAAAGCCUGUUCAUCUACCUCUGUCGAUGGACGCUUGCUCACAGUCAAUUCGACUAGAAAUUAUCAAAAUUGCGCACGUUUUGACCACUACAAUUGAACUGCGAACUCUGGAAGGGUGUAUAUCGACAAUUACGGAAUCCAUUCCGUUUGAUAUUUUCAUGUCCCCUGAUGUUGUUGGGGAAAAUGGAGCUGUCCAUGGCCAAGAUAUCGAGCAGUCUCAAAGCAAGAACAUUCCUCCUCCUCCCUACGGAGCCCAUACCAUGGAUCUCGCGGUACAAGAUUCCUUGGAAGGCCGAGGAGAUAGUGUUUACGGGAAUCAAACAACAACAGGUAUAAACAUUGGGCAGCUUCCGGACGAACAAAAUCAUACCUGCCAAGUCUUGGAAAAUGUGCCCAGCUACGAAAGCGAUGUUUGUAUGGUCACUUGA